AGGAGAUAUUCACGGUCACCCUCGCCUGUGGUGCGCAGACAUAGCCGAAGAAGCAGGAGAGAUAGAAGCAGAUCCCCUUAUGCUUAUAGCAGGUGAUACCCAUUGGCAUAAAUUGAUUUAUGGAUUUGACAUAUAUGGAUUUUCUCCUUAUGUUAAAUGUCUUUGGUUUGUAUGUUUUUUAUAUGUACAAGAAUUUGUUGUUUUAUUAUUCUAAUAAAGCUCACAUGUGUUUGCUGAUUCACCUACAGUUUCGUUCAGGCAAUGUGUACGUGUUUGAUUCUUGAUAACUGUUGGUUUUUAUCUACCGUUUAUUGGAUGGACUUGCUGCGUUGAUCAAAAAGGAUUUUAGGAUUUUGUAGUGACAACAUUGGUCUAAGAUGUGGUGGGAUUGAUGAUUGAUCAUUUUUGCUUGUAUUUUAAAAACUUUAAGAGGAAUUUCUAGUGACUUUCUUUUGACAAAAGGCCUCAAUUUUCAUUUCAUUUGGUCAAUUUCCAUCACUGGAUAUCUAGCUCUGUUCUCAAAGCGGGGAGAUAGGGGGUGCAGAUGUGUUUCGUGCUUCUGCUGCCACUAUUGACUUCAUUUUGUUCAGAUUGGUAUUUGCUCAUCAAAAUCCACUAGCCUUUUAUUAUAUGAGUUAGUGGAUUUCUACAAAAUCAAGUUAUGUACUUGUCGAAUUGACUUCUUGCUGCUACUAAGAGUUUUCAAUGCCUGUGAUCACCAUAGUUAAAAUCUUUGUGGUUCUCGGUGUAAUAUGCUUUAUUGUAAGCUGGUUCUUGCGCUGUUCAGCUGCAAAUUUUAGUCCUCGGUCAGAUUGCAAUUCUGACGAUAUGCAUGAUCCUAAUGAGUAGAGUUAAUAAUAGAAACCUAAAUGUAAUACCCGGUGCAAACUAUGUUCUUCAGUGAGAAAUUAAAAGAAGUAAUUGCUUCCCUUCAUGGGAAGCAAGCAGGUCAUGGGUGCCGGUGAGUGUCCAUUGGUUGCUCGAUUGUGAUAUUAGCUGUUCCUAUGAUAAAAGACGGAGCUCGAGUUUAUUCUUUGCAAUUCAUGAGAAAACGAAGUCGUUCAUUGUCCCCUAGGCGCCGCAAAAGUCGUUCUCCAGCCACCAGACGUCAUAAGAGUCGCUCUCCAAGGAACCAUAGGAGACAGAGAAGUAGGAGUACCUCAUUGUCUCCUAUUGGUAAAUCACCUGGUUCAAGUAUCGGAUUGAAAGAGCAAAAGGGUAUCAGUGAAAAAAAUAAACUUGAUGAAGAGGAGAAGAAAAGGCGUCAAGAGGAAGCAGAACUGAAAUUAAUAGAAGAAGAAACUGCAAAAAGAGUUGAAGAUGCAAUUAAGAGAAAAGUUGAUGAAAGCUUGAACAAGGAGGAGAUCAAGCUUGAAAUUCGAAGGCGAUUAGAAGAUGGUAGAAAGAAACUUGUGAAUGAAGUUGCUGCUCAACUUGAAAAGGAGAAGGAAUCUGCUCUUAUUGAGUCGAAACAAAAAGAGGAACAAGCUCGAAAAGAAAAAGAAGAGUUGGAAAGAAUGCUUGAAGAGAAGAGGCGAAAAGUGGAAGAAGCUCAGAGAAGGGAAGCUAUGAAGCAGCAAAUGAAGGAAGAACAGCGUUAUAGAGAACUGGAAGAGCUCCAAAGACAGAAAGAAGAGGCUUUGCGAAGGAAAAAACAACAAGAGGAGGAAGAGCGUGCAAAGCAAAUGAAAGUGUUGGGCAAGAACAAAUCCAGGCCCAAGUUGUCGUUUGCAUUGGGUUUGAAAUGAUCUUAUGACAUUAUUAUCACGGUCAUGAUCUUGUUGAUCAUCAAAGGCAAUUGGUUUUUCAUUAGAGGUUGGGAAAACCAAGUUUUGUUGGAUACCCUUUCUUUAUGUUCCUCCAUUUUUUCUGUAAUCUUAAGUACUUGCUGAGUGAGUAUAUUUCCUUGGUCGUAGUUGGCUAAUCAAUGCACUGUUUUCAACUGAUGUAAUUUAGGGCCAACAUUACUAGCAAGUUGUGAUAUUGUUGUUGUUACCAAUUGGCUGCGUUUGUUCUCUUU